AUGUCUCUCGACCCUCCGCCGUACCUCGCUCAGUUGCAGAGCAACAUCCGCCAGCGACCAAUCCCCUGGGAUGGCGCCGCUCGUGCAGGCACAAUCACAGAGGACCAGCUGGCUAAGAUCCGUGCGGUCGACAAGGUCCGGACGGAGCAGCGAAAGCAGAUCGUGGAAGGCGACCUGGACGGAUACCGGCGCCUCUUCGUGGGCGAGCAGGGCACACCCAGCGUGAUUGAAACGGCCAGCAAGCGUUCCGAUGUCAUCAAAUAUAUACUUGUGCUUCUCAGCGACUUGCUGCAGGUUGUCCCCAGUCUCGCAAGCGCACUCUUCAAGAACCCGGAUCCCUACAAACACUUCUUGCCACUGCUUGGGCAUUCCGAUAACUCGGAAGACCGCGUCCCUCUUCUGACCUCAUCAGUACUAUCCCUUCUCAUGGCGCGAUCAAGAGACCAGUCCAAGGUCACUGAAGAGUCCUUCCCUACCAUCAUCAGCUAUCUCUGCAACCUAGUCAAGGAUACCAGCGAUGCCAGCCUGCAGGAUAUAGCUGUCAUGGAGUACUCAUCCAUGCUGUACUCCAAGAAGAUGAAGCAGCUGUUCUGGAAGCAACGUAGCGAGACGGUUGCCCCCCUCAUCGACAUUCUGCGAAAAGCAGCCGGUGUCAGCAACGACUCUUCCGCCAGCUUGUGGAGUGGAAACACAUCGAGCAGAGCCAAUGGCUUUGAGGGCAUUGGCGGUGGUGUCGGUCUCCAGCUGCUCUACCAUGUUCUGCUCAUCUUGUGGCAACUGAGCUUCGAGGCUGAAGAUAUUGGCGAUGAGAUGGACGACGAGUACGACAUCAUUCUGUUGUACACACAGCUUCUGAAGCUGUCGCCAAAGGAGAAGACCACCCGUCUGAUCCUAGCGACCUUUAAGAACCUGCUUGACGCCAACCCCUCCACGUUGCUGCCAACUGCCGUGCUGGCGAGGCUCCCUGCGGUUCUGCAGAAUGUGAGCGGUCGCCACCUGACCGACGUGGAUCUUCUGGAGGAUUUGGAGCAUCUCAAGGAGACGCUGGAGGAGUACCGCAAGACCAAGACGACCUUUGACGAGUACGCCGCCGAAGUUCAGUCUGGCCACCUGCGGUGGUCACCGCCUCACAAGCACCAAACUUUCUGGGCGGAAAAUGCGCGCAAGAUCCUGGAGUACGAGCAGGGCCAGAUACCGCGCAAGCUGGCCGAGAUUAUGAAGAAGCCCUGGGACAAUGACAAGGCGGUGCUGGCGAUUGCAUGCAACGACAUUGGCUGUCUUGUCAAGGAAGUGCCCGAGAAGAGGGUGCAGCUUGAGAAGCUGGGGAUCAAGGCACGCAUCAUGGAAUUGAUGCAGGACUCUGACGAGAACGUUCGCUGGGAGAGUCUGCGGGCCCUCGGGGGUUGGCUCAAGUACAGCUUCGAGGAGCAGUAG